CCGGGACUGGAGGCAGGACCUAAACCAACUUCUGCACUCGUAACAGGAAAAGUCGGGGAAACGCGUCAAUAUCCGCGCCACUCCUGCGUCUGCUCAGCGUGUUACGGUAAACAGUGACAGGGCGGCACUUCACCGGAAUAGUUGCCGCCACUUGGCCGCGGUUGAGAGCACCGUUGUCGGCGUUCAGUGCUGGGACGACUCGCUGCUAUGAAGCGUAUGCACUGACCGGAUUUCGGGACUGUUUGGACUACUUCUUGGCUUGUUUUUGCGCUGGAUUCCUCUCGCGGUUCGUUGCCUCUGUCUUACCGUGGAAUAGCAAACAAUUCAAAAAAUAAAAAUUAAAAAUGCCUGCGAAAACGAAGUACAACCUCGUUGAUGAUGGACAUGAUUUGAGGAUCCCGCUGCACAACGAGGAAGCCUUUCAGCAUGGCAUCAACUUCGAGGCAAAGUACAUCGGCAGUCUGGAUGUGUCGCGGCCGAGCAGCCGAGUGGAGAUCGUGGCUGCGAUGAGAAGAAUACGGUACGAGUUCAAGGUGAAAAACAUCAAGAAGAAGAAAGUCCACAUCGUGGUCUCUGUAGACGGUGUGAAGGUCGCCUUGAGGAAAAAGAAAAAAAAGAAGGAGUGGACGUGGGACGAGAGCAAAAUGAUGGUGAUGCAGGAUCCCAUUUACAGGAUAUUCUACGUUUCGCACGACUCCCAGGAUCUGAAGAUCUUCAGCUACAUCGCCCGAGAUGGACAGAGCAACGUCUUCCGCUGCAACGUCUUCAAGUCCAAGAAGAAGAGUCAGGCCAUGCGCAUCGUUCGGACGGUCGGCCAGGCCUUCGAGGUUUGUCACAAGCUGAGUCUGCAUCACACGCAGCAGAGCGCAGACGGACAGGAGGACGGCGACAAGAGCGGCAACGACUCCUCCAUCACAGGCGUGCGUGCUCAUCCACCUGUGUGUGUGUGUACUUUCCACGGCUCAGCUCGGGAAAUAGCGGGCGCGGAGAAGGCCGCGAUAGUCGCGGAGGAGACGGACAUCGACGCCGAGGAGGCGACCGCGGCGGUGGCGCUGCCGCCGCCGACCGCGGAGGAGUUCGACCUCAACAGAGGAGUGACUGAUCUGGACGCCACGGCCAGGACUCCUGAGAUGGAACCCACAGAAGACAAGGCUUCAGAGGAGGCCUCUCUGCUUAUGUCCACUCCCAGGAUGCUGCUCCCUGCCUCGGGCACACUGCCACCAGUCGCCCCCCUGUCUGUCCACCACCAGAUCCAACUGCUCCAGCAGCAGCUUCAGCAACAACAACAGCAGACACAAGUGGCUGUAGCACAGGUGCACCUGUUGAAGGACCAGUUGAGCGCAGAGGCCACAGCUCGUCUGGAGGCUCAGGCUCGAGUUCAUCAGCUGCUGCUGCAGAACAAAGACCUGCUGCAGCACAUCUCCCUGCUGGUUAAACAGAUCCAGGAGCUGGAGACCAAGAUGUCUGGACCAAACAUAAUGGGCUCCCAGGACAGUUUGCUGGAGAUCACCUUCAGGUCCACGGUUCCUCCCGUGAUCUGUGACGCCACGACCCCGAAACCCGAGGUGACGGCUCUGAACCUGCCCGCGCUCGGCAACAGCGACUGGACCAGCAGCGUCUUCUCGUCUUCCAACGGGACUCUCGGAAGCCCGCUAGGUAGGGACCAGUGUCUUCUCAAACUGGAGCGUUUCCGUUUCCUCCCGGGGCCCCCGGGGCCUUUGCCGACUCCUCUACGUCCCUCGCCUCCCCCGCCGCUUAAGCCCAACAGGCUAGAGAUCAAAAGUCCCGGGGUGUGCGAGGGCACGACGGAGUUGUUCUCCGAUGACUUUGCCAGGUUCCGCGAGUCGGGCAUCGCCUCGGAGUACGAGUCGAACACAGACGACAGCGACGACAAUGACGAUGAGGGGGAGGACGAGGGCGAGGGCGGGGAGGAGGAGGUGAGCUUUGGCUGGGGGACAGACGAGGAGACGGUGAGGCUGCUCAAUGUGCUCAACAGACAGACGACACCCGACUGUCUGGGAGACGAAAUAGCAGUGUAACGCAUACAACGGCUCUUCCCCUAAAGAAUCCGUCUAAACACAAUAGCCUUCUACAAUAUUCGUUCACUCACUUCAAACCAAAACAACACGUAACAGACUAUCUUUUAUCAGAAACGCUCAACAGUCUAUAGAGAAGGAUUUGCCAGUAUCCCAGAUAAACAAUGGCCCACUAUUUUUAUAUGACACCCAGUCAACCUUUCAUUAAUUACGUUCAUUCAUUUUUAUUUUAUUCAUCUUCAUAAUUGGAAUAAUUGGUCCCUUCAACCUGACCAUGAAGCAAAUGUUACUGAAUAAUAAAGGAGUUAAGUCUCAAAACAUUUUCAAAGACGCAAAAACAAAAAAAGAUCACAGCAAAUAAAUCGAAGAGAUGUGUCAGAUUAUAAACUAAAAACAACAAAAGAACUUUUACCACAGAACUUCAUCAUAAGCAGAACUGGCAGGCUGUGACUUCAAACUGUCUUGCACUAUCCUACUUUCGUUAAUCCCUGAUGACAUUUUAUGACUCGAUAUAUUGAAUUUUUCAAACGCAUACAGCUCCUUUAAUUUAACAACAGGAUGGAGACAAAAUAAAACAAAGAACAGCAGAAAGCGAGACAUUUUGUAUGGCGUUGUACACGUCUUCAAUCUGAAUCUCUCCAAUGGAAAUAUCUUCUUCUUUAUGUAUAAUUAUAGUCCCAUCGCCGCUCUAAUCCUGGAGCGGUGAUACGGUCACAGUUUGACAUGACUUUUAAUUCAUUCUUGCAGGGAGCACGAGAGUGGGGCUGUAAAGAUUUAUGAGUAGACACGUUCUGGGUCGACUCAUAUUCUGAUAAGUCGACUCUUUGCCGUGUUAAUUUCAUGCAGUCUAUGUAUGGCGGCUGUUUUCAGAGAACACCGCCCUUGUUUUCAGUAGUUUGGAUUAGCCCAACCCACAGGAGACAGAAAGAUUAAAGAACGUCCGGUGGUUUUAUUUAAUUUCGAGCGCGUCAUUUUAGAUGGCGGUUAAAAAAAAGUCAAAAACAAAGUGUCUUUGUUAUGUUGCGCCGUCCGUUUUGAGUAUGUAAACAUAUCAGAUUUGGCAUAUUCCAGUGUUUUAGUCUAAUAAUCAUUGAUUUGUUUUAUAAUAUAUAUAUAUAUAUAUGUAACGGCAGCGAUCUAUUCAGUGUCGCUCUGCACCGAGACAAAUCAUCUAAAUAUUCCUCAACAGUUGAUAUUAAUGUUGUAUAGUAUAUUUUCGGAAAUCGAAAACGCACGGGAUGCAAACCGCUUUCAGAGCCGUCAGGGCUUCAGUCGACCAAGAAUUUCUUUGGUUGAUUACAGCCCUACACGAGAGACUCCAGAAGUUGGCUGUAGGCCGCUGAACUUGAUUAAGUUAAGGUGAAAAUGAAAUUCUUAAGGCCAUUUGCCUACAGCUAACUUCUUAAAAUGUGGAUUGUUAGAGAUACACACACACACACACAUGAAUAAGCACACAUGAUAAACUUGGACAUUUUGUCUUACUCUGGUAUAGUCCUCUGUUGUCUGUCACUAACACAAGGAGACAAAGAUUUGCUUCAUGUUCAGUCGCGUGAGAUUACGGUCACGUCUGUAAUCUCAUCGUCUGUAAAUCUCUGUAAGGCUUAAAAUGCUCUUGCUUUCCUUUUCCUCCUUUUGUUUUUCUUCCUUUACCUUUUCUCUUUCAUUACACGCACCGAGGUUUGUAUCCAUACAUCACACGCACAGACACACACUCCCUCACAGACGUCUUCGAACUGGGAUUAAGAAGAUCUCGGAGGAGUUGUCACGCAAAGUCUAUCUGUCUGUGUACGUGUGUGCGAGCCCUCCAUCACGUAGCUCCUCUGGUUCUCACGGUGAACACUCGCUCACGACAUCCUCCCGUCGAGCGAGUUCAGGGGCACCAGCUUUGGAUUUGUCAGGAUCGGGAAAGCGUCGCUGUCCGGCAGGAACAAGGCCACGGGAUUUUGUUUCCCCCGCGCAGACUGACGAGCUCUUGUCCUUGAUGUUGUGAGACGUGACGGAUGAACACCUGAGACACAUUUCGGACUCGGCUCGAAGACGAAAGAAUCAAAGACUAUUUUUAGACAAACCGGACAAACUUUGUUUUCUACGUCAUCCCACUGCUCCGUCCUUGACUUCUGGCCGGCAGCCCUCGUUUUAUUUGUCUCCUCGCUAUUUGUUGGUAGUCGGAGCAUAAUCGCACUGUUGUCCACACAUUUCCCCGUGUUUUAAUUUAUGUAAAGCCGGGAUUAGUCGGACCGCGAGGAACGCUGUCUGUUUCCCUUUUUUUUUUUCCAUCCCCGCAAGCAGAAACUCUCCCCUCGUGCAGGGAACAGCAGCUCAUACAGAUGACAGCCAAAAAUUGGUCUUGUUUGUUUAAACCCGGCUUUGUGUAUGGCCUCCAGGCUCCAUGCCAUAUUAAAGUGUUCAUUUGGUUUCACAAGGAAAA